AUGGACGAAGCCCAAAUUAAUCGCGGCUCUGACUCCAGCGCGUCUUUCGACUCCCUCGAAUUCCCCGAACUUGUUAAGCCAAAUGAACGCAUCGUCAAAUUGAACCAAGAAGUUCUUGAAAUCCUCCAGGCUGCGCUUAAGCUUAAUCCUGAGAUGAACCUACUUGCAAUCUUCCCAGAGGACUAUAGCCAGCGCAGACAGGGCAAGCUUGCUGCAUCUACAGCAAGCGGCGCAGAGUACAAAAUAAAAAAGUUGCCACCUCCUCCACCUAUCCGACCCCAACCCCCUUUAGGUUCUCGGGACUUCUGUGCCGAUGCUAUCGCAUUGUCGAAAACUGCGAUAGUUAUACACCCGCUGUCUGACGAAGCGAUAGCAUUUUUGUCUAAUUUUCUAGAACCACUUGAGUCCUCCCAAGUACUACUAGACUCUUCAGAUAGCCUUAUGAAGGCUAUAAAGCGGAUGCUCGCCCAGCCGGAUAAAUUGUGGGAAGAUCCUAUAAGAGGCGUUGUGCUUAAAUGCAAUGACGAUCUUCCUGUCAAAGUCGUUCGAGGCUACAAUGAUCACACAGAAUACACAUCGAUGCAAUACCUAGCUAAACAUGCACCUGAUAUACCCGCCCCAAAGCCACAUGGGUUUAUAAAGUUAGGCAGGAUCCAUGUCAUUUUUAUGACUCUUAUACCGUCUAUAACUUUAGAGAAGGUGUGGGACAACCUUACAGACAGAAAUAAGACAUCGAUCCAACACGAGCUAAACGAAAUAUUUCUCAAGCUCCGCAAACUGAAAAAGAACAGCGCACAACGACUCGGUGGUUUGGAUGGGGAGGGCGUGAAGAAUGAUUUCAUGUUUGGACAUCGAAGUAGCGAGGUUAUGACGACAGCCGCUGAGUUCGAAGACUUUCAAUUCUCAGCAUGUCCCCGAGCAAGCAAAGCAUGGGUCACCUUCCUCCGCAGCUUCCUGCCUGUCCAAUCCGAGGAUUGCGUCUUCACUCAUGGCGACGUGUGGAUGGCUAAUAUCAUGGUUAAGCUCGACGACAGCAGCAGCAAUUACACUCUAUCCGGCUUGAUUGACUGGGAAAACAGCGGCUUCUACCCAGAAAGUCAGGAAUCGAUUUGGAUGCUAUCUGGGCUAACGAGAUACACCGAAACUGACUGGUAUAAACAUGUACCCCCAUGUGUCUCCCCGAAAAGAUAUACGGUCCAUUGGCUUGUCCACCGGCUUUGGAGCCACACAGUAGACAGCACAUAAUUGAUUUGAGCGUUAUGGGGGUCGUCGAAGAACGAAGCGUUUCUCUGAUUAUUCUAGUCUACAACUAUAGGG